AUGGGUGGCAGUCCCGGUGCAAGCUCUAUACGCGAAGACGGCUGUCUCUAUAUGACGGCAGAGAGGAAAUACUACCAGCGAGGGCAGUCCUUCAUUAAAAGAAGUCUCCGAGAGAAAGAGUAUUACGAAGGACCUCAUGGGCCCUGUAUACCUCGAUUGAGCAAGGAGCGACUCCAGAACGAGGCCGAGUGCCUCCGUUUUAUUCGUUCUAAAACAAACAUCCCUGUACCAGCUGUGUAUGCCGACUUUGAAGAUGACGGCGCAUACUACCUGGUUACAGAAUUCAUCCAAGGGGUCGAGCUGAAUGACCUUCCAUUGGAAAAGAAGGAUUUAGUGAGGGAAGAACUCAAGCAGCAUCUCGACACACUUCAUAGCUUGAGGUCUACUACCAUCGGUGGGCCCUCUGGCCUCCUGGUUCCUCCUAGGUCAGUCAUAGAAAACACAAAGCAGGAUCUCUGGGUGCUCCAGCCCUCGGAUACUGAAGAGGAAUAUGUCUUCUGUCAUAACGAUCUGUCAGAGUAUAAUGUCAUCGUUAAUCCAGAUACCUUAAGAAUUGCUGCCAUUAUCGAUUGGGAACAUGCAGGUUUUUUCCCUGACUACUUUGAGGCACCCAUCUACACACGCCACGGGCCUGAUGCGACGCUGAUUGGUAAUAAAAACCAUGUUGCGCGACUUCUUGAGUUUUUAAAAUCUCGGACUAUUGACACGGUGGUCUCGGGCUCGGAGGAGAGAACUGAACAGAACAAAGCUGCCUGA